UUUGUCAUAGAAAUCAUGACUGUAAACUUAAGAAAACAUCUCCAACCGCUUAUUGUAACUGCUGGGAGAAAUGUGAAUGUAAAGCGUUGGUCACUGGAAAUAAUGCAAAGAGGGAACAAUUGCUUUUUGGAAUGUUACAAUGCCCAGCAUUGGUUGACGGUCUUAAUUCUAAAGGAGAACACAUUUUACUCUUUUUGGCUCGCACUCUUGGUCGUCAGUUAAUUGAACAAGAAGGCUAUACGAAGCGGAAUAAGCGCCCUGGACCUACUAACACAACUACAGCAUAUGGCGUUCCCAUUCCUGAACAUGAUCUUGAACCACCCAAAUUUGCUAGAAAAGCACUCGAUUUGGCAAUAGGAAAUUGGGAUGUUGUAAAAAGUUUGCUUGAUGUUGGUAUCAAAAAGC